CUCAUAUUAUAUAAAAAAAAUUAAUGAACUUCUUGGUGAAAGUAUUUUUUUUUAUUAAAUUUAAUUUUCGAACACGAAAUUAAGGCGGCAAAAUAAUGGCGGGAUUUUCAUCUACACUUAACAUUCCGACUUUCGUAAUCUGCUGUGUGCGAAUUGACGCGUCUACGAAACUUAAUUCUAAAUUUGCAAUUUACAAUGUCGUCAAAAAAAGGAGGGAAGUCCAAGUUCCUAAGUGAAGAUUUAAACGAAUUGAUAAAUGAAUCACAAUUUCUAAAGGAUUCUGUCUGUAAUAAGAAAAUUACUAAAAGACAGAAAAAUGAUUUAACCGAAGAAGAAAGCAUAUCUAAGUUGAUUGGUCAAUAUCAAGCUAAUUCGAAGAAAAAGAAGUUGGAUGUAAAUGUAGAAGCAUGUAAAGAGUCACGACAGAAAAUAUUGGAUGUUAUGAACAAUCAACUAGAGACAAGGAAAGAAAAAAGUAAUACCCUGCUGAAAAACUUAACAGAAGUGAUGGUACAGCUGGAAGCAGAUUGUAAUGCCAUGAAAGACAAUGAAAAAAAGCUAGAACAUUUAACUGGAGCUGUAGUAAAAUGUAUGCAGCAGGCCACCACAGCUCAUAAACAGAAAUUGAAAAUACUAAGAGAUAUACAUACUUCAUUUAAAAAACAAGUGGAAGGACUGCUUACAAAAGGAGCAAUAAAACCAGAUGACAGGCCUCUGUGGUUUGAUGUGUAUAGAGCUUUCCCACCUCUAGUGGAACCUAAGUUUGCUAAACCAAAACCAGAAAACAAGCCUAUAAGACCAAUACUUUAUCCUGAGGAUAAUAUUAGAGUAAAGUUUCACUCCAAGGGCUAUGGUUUAGGGGCAAUAAAUAUGAUUAGCCAGACCGAAACUCAAACCAAGCGACUUGUACAACAAUACGAGAAACUGAAAUCCGAAGGUGUUCCAAAGAAGGAACUUGUUGAAAAGGCCGCAGAAAUUGUUGGUAGUGAGCGGCAACUAGAGGCAGCUAAGGCUAAAAUUACUGCAGAAAGCCCAGGAUCCGUUACAGCGAAAGUUUUAGCUGAGGCCGAUAUUAAGAACAUUUUCUCUGAAAAAAUUAAGUGCAAAAUGGCGCAGAAGAGAUCUCUGUGGUUCUACUUGGCUGUAGUUUUAGUCAUUUUGAGUACUUUAACUCAAGAAGCCGAAGCCAGGCGUAAAAUUCUUCGAGGGCGACGCGUAAUGACUCGUACUUAUUACCAUGGCAACGCUGUUCCAGCUUGGGCUAUUAGUUUGAUGUCUGGUAUAGGCAUGUUGGUUGUCGGUGGCGUGUUAUACGUAAUCAUGAGAAAGAUUGUACUUUCAUCAGAAACUGGAUCCUUGAAUACAUACCAGCCAGCUAUGCAGCAAGAUGUUUGAGGAGCUAACACUGAUGUGAUUCAAGUCUAUUUAUAAUAUUAUAAUUAAUUUGUAAGAUUUAUGGUAUAGCAUACAUAGCCUAGUAAUUGACGAAAAUCGAACGAACGAUUUUACUUGGAAUAUUGAUUCUUCCAGCACUACUACUGCAACUGAUACCACCUAUUAAGA